GGAACGUCGGCCCCUUUGGUAGUACUUUUUCAGUUUUCGGUUUUUAGGUGUUCCACGCUCGGUUCUAAGACUGUUCCUCCCUCUUUUCGUCUUACGCCAAUACGCCCCCCAAAGCGACCCGGUUAAUUUUGGUGUAUAGAUAGAUAUACGACCCGUGCCUAAAUAUAAAUAAGACCGACAAUGAGUUUCACCUUCGAGUAGUCCAGAUUCCCUAGGCUAUCUUUUGCGGGCAAUCAUUAAGCUAAACACGUAACAUCAACUCAGGUAACUCAGGAAAAACAACUACAAUAAAUAACAACAAACUACAACUACAACAACAAUAAAACAAUAAUACAUAUAAGAAAACAGAGAACGAUAACCAUGACGCCUGAGAAAUCUGUUAUGGCCUACGUCAAUCAUUUGAUAGUCAGCAAUUUUUCAUAUUUCUGGGACGAGAUCGAUGGCUAUCUGUACUAUUUGGGCGGCACUUUGGGCACAUUAACCCUAGGAAGCCUGGCAGCCAGUGUUGCAUACUACUUUGCAACAAGACCCGUUCCGGAACGACCGUUAGUGCCUCUGGAAAACCAAUCUCCAUUGCUAGAGGGUCCAGAACAAAUACACGUCUCCAAGUUCUACAAGGAGUCGAAGAACGGAAAGUUCGUGUCCUACAUCACAGAGAAUGUCCGCACCUUGUACCAGACGUUCCGUGAGGGCGCCUACGCCUCCAACAAUGGGCCGUGUCUCGGUUGGCGUGAAACCCUAACAUCCCCGUACCAGUGGAUCAACUAUGAUGAAGCCCUUCUGCGAGCCAAGAACUUUGGAGCCGGAAUGCUGGCGCUGGGAGCCCGCCCGAAACAGUUGAUUGGAAUAUACUCGCAGAACCGGCCAGAGUGGAUCCUGUACGAGCAGGCCUGCUACUCGUUCUCUUUGGUGGUGGUCCCACUGUACGACACCCUGGGUCCCGACGCCUGCGCCUUCAUCAUCCGCCAGACGGACAUGUCGAUCGUGGUGGUAGAGGAUGACGGCAAGGCGGCUAUGUUGCUGGAGAAGGCGCCUCGCAGUCUGAAAAUCAUAGUGGCCAUUAAGCCCAUCCGCCAGACGACCUUGGAGCGAGCCCGCAGUCGGGGCAUUCAGAUAUUCUCCUUCAUCGACGUGGAGAAACUGGGGGCCAAGGGCAAUCAUCCGGAGGUGGCGCCUACGGCGGAGGAUCUGUGCACGGUGUGCUACACCUCCGGAACGACGGGCAAUCCCAAGGGCGUGAUGCUCACGCACGGAAACGUGGUGGCCGGCGUCUGCUCUGUGAUCCUGCAGAUGGGCGACCAUCGCAUCCGGGCGGGAGAUGUGAUGGUAUCCUUCCUGCCCCUGGCCCACAUGUUCGAGCGGUGCUGCGAGAACGGCAUGUACUACGUGGGCGGCUGUGUCGGCUUCUAUUCCGGCGACAUCAAGGAACUCACGAACGACCUGAAGAUGCUGAAGCCAACCGUAAUGCCGGCAGUGCCACGCCUACUGAACCGCGUCUACGAUAAGAUCCAGAAUGAUAUUGCGGCCUCGGGGCUGAAGAGGGGCCUCUUCAACAUGGCCAUGCGGGCCAAGGAGAAGGAGAUCGCCAGGGGAGUCCUGCGGAGGAACGGAUGCUGGGACAAACUGGUCUUCAAGAAGGUUCACCAGGCAUUUGGCGGCAAUCUGCGCCUCAUGGUGGUGGGCUCGGCUCCACUGGCCGGCAAUGUGCUGACCUUCAUGCGCUGUGCCUUGGGUUGUUUGGUUCUCGAGGGAUAUGGCCAAACGGAAUGCACGGGGGCCAUAACUCUCACCGUUCAGGGUGAUCACGUGCCCAACCACGUGGGACCUCCCGUGUCCUGCAAUGCUGUGAAACUGGUGGACGUGCCGGAGAUGGAGUACUUUGCCAAUCAAAAUACGGGGGAGGUGUGUGUGCGAGGAUCCAAUGUGUUCCACGGUUACUAUAAGGAUCCCGAAAAGACGGCGGAGGCGAUUGAUUCCGAGGGAUGGCAUCACACCGGCGACGUGGGCAUGUGGCUUCCAAAUGGAACUCUGCGGAUCAUCGAUCGCCGCAAGCACAUUUUCAAGCUCAGCCAGGGCGAGUAUAUAGUUCCCGAGAAAAUCGAGAACAUCUACACGCUUAGCCAAUAUGUUAACCAAGUCUAUGUUUACGGAGAGAGCUUAAAGAGCUGCAUUAUCGCUGUUGUUGUACCUGAUACCGAUGUACUGAAGCAAUGGGCCACGGAGAACAACGUACGCGGCACGCUCUCCGUCCUUUGCAACAAUAAGAAUGUCAAGGAACUGAUCAUGAACGACAUGCUCAACUGGGGCAAGCAGAGUGGACUUAAGUCAUUCGAACAGGUAAAGGAUGUCUAUCUACAUCCGGAUCCCUUCUCGGUGCAAAACGGACUGCUCACGCCCACAUUCAAAGCCAAGAGACCGCAAUUAAAGAGCUAUUUUAAGCCGCAGCUGGAAGAUAUGUAUAAACACCUGGAUUAAUGCAAUACCCAAACCAAAACCAACAACGAAUCGAACUCAAGAAGCUGGGAAGCAUUCAUUCAAAUAUGCCUAUACCAUUUUAAACUGAUGAUAACAAAGACUACAAAUACAGAUACAAAAGCGAACUGUCUAAUUUUGUAGUUUCGUCAAUUCAUAGCAAGUAAGAGAGCGCAAGAUAAACCAGAUAACACAUAAAAUAUACACUUUCAAACUGACAAGGAUGAUCCUUUUGACAGCCGCAUUUUUAUAUAGUUAAAUCGAGAAGCGAUCCCCUAUAAACAUGUUAACUAUAUAUUUUCCUUAACACUUACGAUCUAGUUCAAAGUGAAUAGAACAAAAUUGCGUAGUCUGAACCAAAACAUAUAUAACUAACAUAUUGAGCAAAUUGAAUAAAAUGAAAGCUUUAAUCAACUAUCGUAUACUACACUCAGUUAGUUGAAAAACUGAAGUGAAGAAUUAACUUUUUAAACUAUAGAUUAGACUCGCUAAACUAAACUUAUGAAAAUCAAAUGUUCAACGCAAUUGCUGAGAAAGUCAACUGAAAAUACAAAUGUCAACCGAGAAGCUGAUCAAACUUAAUGAUAAAUAUGAAAAAGAUUUACUUCUUUGGACUGCACUGUCUGCCUUAUAAUAUACCAAAUGAAAAUUUAUUAAUAGAUUGCUAAAACAAAAAACUAUUUCAUAUUUAGAGCUUAACAAUAAAGUAAAGCAGCAAUAUA